AUGUCGUUCGCAGCGUCCGCCCCUACUCGAUUGAAUUUCUCAAACAGCGUUUGCUCCACGCAAGGCUUAUCGGCCAAGAUUCGUUUUACGCGUUUGGGAAGAAAGCGCCAAGCGUUUUACAGAUUAGUUGCUAUUGAUUCCAAAAAGAGACGCGACGGAUUACCGAUCGAAUUCUUAGGCUGGUACGAUCCGAUCAAAAAAGAGUCUUCCUUGAACGCCCCGGCGAUCAAAGAGUGGAUCGCGAAAGGGGCGCAGCCGUCAGAGACGGCGGGGUCGUUGCUUAAGAAAGCGCUCAUCAUCUCGUAA